CAAUCGGGUUCAGACUCAGUCUCGCGGCUACAUCGCCCGCGGAUAGUCGCGGACGCGUAGCACUGUGUCACGCUAUUGUCGGUGUUUAGUUGUAUCAUAAAUUGACUAUUAUAAUCGCGAGGCCCACUACAAUCCAUCACCAUGGAUCCCGAAUCGUUCUUAGAUUUGGCCAACCAGGUCAUAAAACUUAAAAUGUAUCCAUAUUUUGACGUAGCACAUUCACUAUUAUGCGCUCUUGCGGUGAGAGAAGAUUUGGGAGCUGGUGCGCAAGCGUUCUCCCGCAAGCACCCCCUGUCAUGCUGGCUGUCCACAAUGCUGGUGAUCUUCGCGGGCGGCAUGGUGGUCAACGGUUUAUUAGGGGAGCCAAUUCUCGCGCCUCUCAAGAACACACCGCAGCUUGUCAUCGGAACUGUCACUUGGUACGUGGUAUUCUACACUCCAUUCGACGUGGGUUACAAGGUAGCCAAGUUUCUACCAGUCAAAGUAGUAGCAUCAGCAAUGAAAGAAAUAUAUCGCGCCAAGAAAGUAUAUGACGGUGUCACCCACGCUGCAAAGCUGUACCCGAAUGCUUAUGUUAUUAUGAUUAUAAUUGGUACCUUAAAGGGCAACGGUGCUGGCUUCACAAAGUUGGUGGAGCGACUUAUACGAGGAGCGUGGACUCCUACCGCCAUGGAAACUAUGCAACCCAGCUUCUAUACAAAAGCGUCUCUGGUUGCGUCCGUUAUCUUCGUAUUGGACAAAAAGACUGACCUCAUCUCCGCACCCCACGCCUUAGUAUACUUCGGGAUUGUUAUCUUUUUUGUUUACUUCAAGCUGUCGUCGAUUCUGCUGGGCAUUCACGACCCCUUCGUGCCUUUCGAGAACCUGUUCUGCGCUCUCUUCAUGGGUGGUAUCUGGGAUUCGCUCGCCAAACUACUUGGAAAGGGCCAACCGAAAGAGGAGGCUAAAGAUGCUAAAAAGACAAAUUAAUGUCUAUGAUACGUCAAAAAAAUAUCUACACUACGUAAUCAACUGACACCGACAAUGCAAAAUGCGACGGCUAUCUUUUUAAGUAGGUACCUACCUAAAUAAAAUGAAGAAAAAAACAAAUAAAAAAAUAGCAAAAUCCUGUAAAUCCUAAAAAAAUGGCACAACGACCAAAGUUUUUGAUUUCAUUUAAGUAAGAUUUUUACUAGUCAUAGAAUUUUAUCUAUUCAUUUGUUAAGUGCGUGAAUGAAUUUAUACUUAUAUAAUUAUAUAUAAUCUACAAUUGUUACCUUUCCAUGCUUGCGGCCUUUAUGUUAUAAUUUUAUUUGCCCGUAGUAAUAAUGUAGAAGAUAAUUAAAAGUUGAUUUUUUAAAUUAUUUAAUGUAAGUACAAAAUUUCUUGUAGGUAAAUAUAUUGCCUAUCUGUUCGUUUUGAUUGUUCCUAAAUGUUUGCCAAAUGUUUUUAGAAUAUUAUAAUUUACUUAUGCUAAACACCAAAUAAAUGCUUCUUUUUAACUAGAAUACAAAUUCCUAUUGCCUAUGAGUGUUUAAAAAGACGAGCAUUGAAAUUGUAUUAAGUUAGGCAUUCGAAACGACAAUCGACCUACGACUUCCUUUAUGUGAGUAUUUUUUCGUUUCAAUUAAUACCAAUAAGUAUUAAUAAAUUACAUCUUAACUAAUGACACACAGUGGACAAGACGGACAAUGAGUGUUGUCUACAGACAGGUGCCAAAGCUAUGCAUUUAGGGCAAUUACCCAUAUAAAUUUCGAGAAAUAAGACCGCUUUUGUACCUGAAAAUAUUACUUAACAUGUAGUUAUAAGAAAUUUAUAAAAUAUAACUUAUAUUAAUUAUACACGGUAUGUGGAAAAGUGGUUUUAUUUCUCCAAAUGGAACGAGUGGUAAGGGAUUUAUUUGAGCACCUGUAGUCCCGAUAGUUCGCUGGGGUUUCAGUUUUUGGUAGUCAAUAUCACAUCUUGCAAUAUUCAUACAAAAUGCAAUCCAAGUAAACUAAGGAAUACUAUGUACUUAAAAACUCAGAGAAGUUAUAAAUAGUAUUUUAAUGGUUUUAUAUUACAGUAAACCUGAGGUUACUUACUGUACAAUCAAUUGAUAAUUUUCCAUACAUAUCCCAGUGUCAAGUAGAUAUAGACAAGCAAUUUGUGAUUGUGAAAUUAUACCAAAAAGCAAUAAUUUUUUUUUGUUCAAUAUCUUUAAAACUAUUUAUUUUUGAUUAAUUAAUAUUAUUGUAAUUGGAGUACCUAAUAAGUAAACACGAAACGCCUGACCGAUUCGCGGGGUGCAAGCGAUGAGGAACACGCAUUUCGUUUCAUACUAAAAACGAUGUUAUUUAUUUUUAAAAUUGUUAUUAAAAAAUAAUUGGACAUACUAAAGGAAGUAAUAAAUUGUUUUAUUUAA